UAAACAAGAAUUAUAUUCAAAACACUGCCAAGUCUUCCAACAAUACUGUUUUUUCUUUCCUUAUUUUCUUCUUCUGUGCCAUGGCAGAGGCUGGAAAUGAAGCCAUGGGAGACGAUACGCCGACACCAACCCCGACUCCGACGCCGACUUUGAGCUCAUCAUCAGAGGCUGCGAGUAGACACGUAGUCGUCGUCAUGGAUGGAAUGGAAGAGUUCACCACGGAGCCACUCAAGUGGGCGUUGGAUAAUGUUAUUAAGCCUGGUUGCGUCGUUACUCUCAUCGGUGCAAUGCCGUGGCUCAAUAUUCCUCUUUCAUCCAAAACAUGGUUGGAUAUUUGGCCAAUAAAUUUGGAGGAGAUGUCCUUUGAGAGAGGGGAAAGGGAGUACCUUAGUGAAGCCAAGUAUGCUAAACUUGAAGCUGUGAUAUCACUCUGUAGAAAAUAUGGGGUAUUUAUUUUAUUUUAUUUUUGGUUAUUAUUUUCAAAGCAUAUUUUAUCAUUGAAUUUGUAUUAUUACUUUUCUUUUCAGGUUGUGCCACAAAAAAAAGUUAUAAUGGGUCAUCCACUUAGAUUGCUUAUUGUUGAGCAAAUCUCCAGCCUUCAUGCAACAUGGGUUGUAUUUGAUAAGCAUCAAAGAAGUAACAGAGCAUUUUAUGCCAAGAAAAUUAAAUCAAAUAUGGUGAUGCUGAAAGAGGAUGGAGGGGUUGAUAUGAUCAAUAGGGAGCCUGAAUUUCCUACUGAUUCCACUUUGGAUUCCAAACAAUCUUACUAUUCAUUAAAUAGUUAAAAUAGCCCACCCUUUAUCCUACCUUCGAAUGGCAACUCGUGUCUAUUUAGUUUGUAAACUUUGCUUUAUGAUCAUUGAACUAUACUUUAUUUUUCCUGCUUUGCUUUAAACUAUUCUUUUAUUUGGUUCUUACAUUUAACCUUAUUGAUAGAAUAUUAACAUAGUAUGCACAUUAGUUGUCUAG